AAAGGUUUUUCACCGGAGUGGUCAGACUGGGUUGUGAAGGGGAUACAGGAUGGCAGAGCUAAUAUGAGUAUCUAACGGUGCAUUCGGACGAACUGAUUUCUUCUAAUAAUUCAAGUACUGUUUGUGUCGGGAGCGUGAGGCCUCGCCAUGCCGCUGGUGAAGAGGAACAUCGAGCCGCGUCACCUCUGCAGAGGAGCGCUGCCCGAGGGCAUCGGCAGCGAGCUGGAGUGUGUGAUGAACAACACGCUGUCUGCCAUCAUUCGCCAGCUCAGCAGCCUGAGUAAACAUGCAGAGGACAUAUUCGGCGAGCUGUUCAACGAGGCCAACAGCUUCUACCUUCGUGCCAACUCUCUGCAGGACCGCAUCGACCGGCUCGCUGUCAAAGUCACACAGCUGGACUCCACUGUGGAGGAAGUGUCUCUGCAAGAUAUCAACAUGAGGAAGGCCUUUAAGAGCUCCACCACUCAGGACCAGCAGGUGGUGUCCAAGAGCAGCGUGCCGAAUCCAGUCAGAGAGAUGUACAACGUGAGCGACAAGCCUCCCCCUCUCACCAUCCUCACACCUUACAGGGAUGAUCAUAAGGAAGCUCUUAAAUUCUACACAGACCCCUCCUACUUUUUUGACUUGUGGAAAGAAAAGAUGCUUCAGGACACUGAGGACAAGAGGAAAGAGAAGAGGAAGCAGAAGGAGCAGAGGCGAUGUGUGGAUGGAACGUUGCAAAGGGAAGUUAAGAAGGUCCGCAAGGCGAGGAAUCGUCGACAGGAGUGGAACAUGAUGGCUUUGGAUAAAGAGCUGAGGCCAGACCAUCGACAUACCAUACACCGAGACAGAGCAGCUUCCUCUGAGGGGUCCAUGUCUCCGGAGAACAGGGGUCACGGUGCAGAGCAGCAUUAUUACCCCAACAGUAUGAACCAUGCUGGCCACGCCCACACCUAUUCUGGCCCGCCGCCCAGCGCGCUGGCUGCUCACAUGGCGGCUGGACACGCCCCUCGUGGAGGAGCUGAACACGACAGCAGAGGCAGGACUAUGCUGGCCUAUCAGGGGGGCACGCUGGGUCGCUCUCACCACCACCAGGUCCCUCUGCCUCCUCCACCUGCUGAUGCAAUAAACGGGGGCUCUAUGUCUCUCCCACCUGUAGAAUACAGUAUGGAUGGCUAUGCCAACACUGCUCCUCCUCCUCCCCCCGCACCUCUCAUCCCUUCUGUUCAGACGGCCUUUGCCUUACCACCUGGAGGUCCAGUGCCUCCUGGUACAAUGGCUGCUGGCGCCGGCGGAUACGCUCCACCUCCACCACAUGUAUCUGGAGGCCCAGCAGUUCCUCCUCCUCCUGGUCCUCCACCUCUACCUGCUCCAGCUGGUGCCUCCCACUCCACAACUCACAAGAUAUUGUCCACUGCACCGGUUGAGAACACGGCGAUCAGUGACGCUCGCAGUGAUCUGCUGGCUGCUAUACGUAUGGGCAUCCAGCUGAAGAAGGUGCAGGAGCAACAAGAGCAGCAGGCCAAGAGAGAGCCGGUGGGAAACGACGUGGCCACCAUCCUGUCCAGACGCAUCGCCGUGGAAUACUCGGACUCCGAGGACGACUCGGAGUUGGAGGAGAACGACUGGUCGGAUUAACGCACGCACACCCACAGGCAAAACAUAGGACAACUUCUGACACUGUUAGAUUUGCAAUCAGUUCAUCUCACCUGGAAGAAUGCUCACAGGUAAUCACUGAUUUUGUUGCUGAAGAACUCACGCGCUACACCUGCACACAAUCACAUGCAAAAAAAAAAAAACCUGAAUGCUUCAAAACUGGGAAUAUAUAUAUAUAUAUAUAU